UCUAAAUAACGUAACCGGAUGGACAACGAAAAAAGGGUGGGUGUAAAUACUCCGUCUGCGAUAUGCUCUGAAUAAAUUGAUAGAAAUUUACAAUGUCGACCAUUGCUCCUGUAAUCGAUUUUUCAAAGUGUAGUCUGAAUAAAAAUGAGGAUGAAAUCAACGAUGAAAUGCGUAUGGUAACAGGCAAAAAUCUUUAUGAAGGAUUCACAUCAAGUGGUUUUGUAUACUUGAAAAACCAUGGAAUUACGCAAGAAAGAAUUGAUGGCGUGUAUAAAGCAGCAGCAAACUUCUUUGCGUUGCCACUUGAAGAAAAAAAGAAAUCUUACGUUGGCAAGAAUUCUUUCGGCUACGAUCCAGUUGGAGCUUUAAAGGUAAAUUCGAAAAAGGACUUUGAUUUUGUUGAAGGAUUUCGUGUCACGGGCGAUGCGUUUGAUGACGAGGAAACAAAAUGGCCGAAUUUAACAUUGAAGAAGAAGUACGAAGAAUUAGCUGAGUCAUGCAAGUUCCUUGUGUUGAGAAUACUAAGAAGUCUUGGCCUAGCUAUGCGGGUUAAGGACUUAGAUAGUUUCUGCAAUUGUCACUCUUUGAUGAAUAAAAAAGGAAAUUUAACACAGUUGGGAGUAACCAGCUAUCCACCUGUAUAUGAAGACAUCGUGAGUGCAAAUCGUUUCAGAUUAGCACCUCAUGUGGACUGGGGCACUAUGAUUCUUCUCUUCCAAGAUAAUAUUGGUGGACUUCAGAUGAAACAAUCAAACGGAGAAUUUGCUGACGUCACUCCUAUUCCAGGAACUAUCAUUCUUAACGUAGGGGAAACUCUUCAAAAGUUCACUGGAGGAAGACUAACUGCAAGAGUUCACCGUGUGGUGCCGCCCACUGAUCCGAACAAGCAACGCCUGACAAGACAAACAACUGUUUAUUUUGGCCACUCAAACAAAGACUUCCCGUUUAAAUCAUUUGAGUUUGACGACGAUUUGAAUAAUAAAGAUUUCCUGACAGAAUACGAAGGCAUGACUACUGGAGAAUUCAUGAACAUGCGUCUGACGAAAGCUCUUCAUUAUUAAUCAACUUUGAUCGUGUGUUUUUGUACAAAAGCUGACAAUUUUGUUUUACAUUACUAUUGAUAAUUUGCGUUUUAACUGGAAACGAGCGUUGUAGAAAAGAGUAUUCCUAUGAGAUAACAGUUACACGUUA